AUGUUGAAGUACCUUACACUAAUUCAUUUUGUUUUUUCACUCACACUAGGGGAUAGUGAGCACGUAGGACAACUUCUUUGUCGAAAAUGUGGUAAACUUAUAACUACAAGUUCUGAGAUAAUUAACGUCACGGCUGAUGCUGAAAAAACAAAAUAUAAUUACGUUUUUCCACUGAUCGGCAAGAACACCACCGUUCACGUGUUCGAUAAUCCAGCAGGACAACGAUUCCAUGUGGCAACGGCAAGGCAUGCGUUUUUCAAGCUCGCUGGCGAACGUUCCUCAGAUUACAGUUGGUUUCCAGGGACUGACUGGACUACUAGCAUGUGCAAAUGUGGGCAACAUUUAGGAUGGUUUUUCCAACCGUUCCAAGCGGAAAUACAAAGAACAGUGAAGAAAGGUGAUGAACCGUUCGCGGGAUUGGUUUUGGAAAAUUUGAUAUCAGCGGAUUAUGCUGAUAGUCUGAUUAAGAAUGCGAUUGGAGUAUAA